UCAGGUUAUCUGAAUCUGAAUCCCAAUCAUUAAGAACUUAAAUUCUGUUUGUUGUGGUUUGAAGACUGCUGUUUCUGCUGGAUUUUUACCCAUUUUUACUUAAAUGUUUGCCUUUUGAAGAGUAGCUUCUACGCUGCAAAUCGGUUUAGCUAAAAAACUGAUUUUUGAUGUGAAUGUCUUUUUGCUGCGUUGUAUGCUGGCUACAUAAUCUGCUGAAAGUUGUGGGCAACCUAACCUGAAUACGUCACGUGUGAAGAUCUAUUUCUAUUUUGUUGACCUCUCAUUUAUUUCCAAGACUCCAUAACAAAAUGAGUUCUGGAUUCAUUGUCACAAAGUCGUCUCUUUCACGCCAGAGCAAGCCAGCGGAAUUUGAAGAAGUUGUCUUUAACAGCCAUAAAAGAAAAGAGAAAAAUGAAUCUGCAAGUGCUCCGGUAAAGAAAAAAAAUAAGUUACCUGAUCCCAUUCCCAAAAGGGAAAACGAUGAGCAACACAAAUUCUUAAAGAAAGCACGAUAUGAAGUUAUGAGAUUUGGAAUGACGGGCUUUGAUGCAGCUAAGAGGGAAGAAACAAAGCAAGCUAUUGCAAUAUCAUUAGGCGCCAAACCAAAGAAGAAUAAAGGUAUAAAUUACAAGGAAUUAAUGGAGAUUCGGAAGAAACAAAAAGAAGAGGAGAAAGCGAACAAAGCAUUUCAUAAUAUUGGAAAAACAACUACUGGGCAUGCAUCGGCUAAUACCAAGAAGGGAAAGAAAGGCAACAGACAACACAGAUCCAAAGGUGAUCAAAAUAAAGGCAUUCUUGGUGUUUAUGGAAAAGUCAACAAGCAUGAACUUCCUAAGAAAAAGUAAUAAUUAUGUGUCUUGUAAUUUAUUUGUAAU